AUGGCGAAUAGCUGGCUGGCCCGGAGAAUACGAUACACUGCCACCCAGCUCCAGACUGAGAUUUGUCUCUUCCUAAUUACUCUCAACUCUGGCUAUGUCCCCAGUGUGGGGUAUCUUCUGCCUCCAAUGGAAACAUGCGUGGAUGAUUCUAAAAGAGAGAAGCUAACCUUGCAAACAAAAAUGAAGAGUUUCCGGUAUCUGCUGGCAGGUCACCCCUCAUGGUACAGUGAAAUUCAGCAAUCUGGCGCAACUUGCUCAGAAUAUAGUAGGGAAUAUUACUUCGGAGCCACCCUGGCUGCUGCCUCUGAAGAGCAGUAUCAGCUGAAACACCUAUCUGUUUUGCCUCACCGUGACAUCGUGAGCGUGUUCGCUACUUCCUGCUCAAUAUAG